AUGGUUCCAUCUGGAGAAAAUAUAAAGGAUAUGAAUGGGGAAGAAGAAAAAUACAGGUACGAAAGAUGGAAGCAAAGUACUAAAGCAUUGCUAAGUGCUGUACGCAAAGAAACAUGUCAACCGUAUAGCAUUCCCGUUGUUCCAGGCAACCUUCGGAAAUGGAAUGAGAGUGCCUACAUUCCAAAGGUUGUUUCCAUCGGCCCCCAAUAUAAAGGAAAGAGGGAGCUAUUACAAAUGGAAGAGAUCAAAUGGCGCUGCGUCACAACUCUUCUUAGUCGAACAUUUGGGCUGGACGCAAUAGAAAAGUGCAUGGAAGCAGUUUUGGAGUUAGACGCAACUGUUCGUGCAUGCUACGUAGAUGAAAUCACACUAGAUAGGUUUUCUCACUUUUGUCCAGACUGGUUACUCAGUUGUUGCCUAUCAUUUUCCCAAAAAAUAGUAACCACACAGUUUCUUUUCCAGUUGGCCUUCCAUCAACAUAGAAAAUGA